AUGGAACAAGAAGCCGACACAUCAACCGAUUCCUUAGAGUUUGUAAGUCCUUCAUUGCAAAGGAAUUUCGCGACUGUCAACAACAGGGUGUACCACCCCGAGUAUAGCAAAGAGUAUGCAGAGCUUGUGAAGGGCGCUCCUUCACGCCAUCGACUGUACGGGGCAGACAUACCGUCCUCGACGUCGCUCAUACUGCAGAAGACUACGGAGAGAGAGAUAAACGUCCAUGAGUACUCAGAAUACAGUUAUAACAAUCUGCAAUAUAAAAGCUCUAUAAAUCCAAGACCGGUGCACGGCUUGAAGCAACGUCCUCUGAUUAAAGUCACCGUCAUUCCCAACAACUCUAGUGUCCAAAAACUGCGCAAACGACGCUCAUGCACUAAGAAAGUUCAAACAACAGUUUCGAACCAAGAAAAUUCUAUUAAAGCUAAAAACGUUUACCUAGUUGUGGCGGGCAAGAAGAGAGAGAAGGUUUACGAGAUCAAAACAACAGGAAGCGCUGAAUUCUCCAACAACCAUUUGAAUUAUACGAAAAAUGAUGAUCACGCUGUAGAAGAAAACAUUAAGAAGUUUCUAAAUUCUCUGAAUAUGGAUAAGAGAAAGAAAAGUAGAAAGAAAUCGGAGGAGUCUGAUAAUGAUGAUGAAUGCGGGACUAUAAACGUGGACGUUCUUAACUGUGAAGGUCCCAGGUGUCAAGAAGAGGUGAAAGCAAAUAGGAGCAGAGUCAGGAUCUCUGGCAAGAUCGGGCGCACUGAGGACGAUCGAUUUGUGCUGAAAUGCGCGGCUAUGGUGGAUGGCCAACCCGUCGAGAACGACUUUAUGCAGGGAUCAGAGUUUCUCCAGAUUCAAGCACCACGAUAUUACCAUCAAUCGCAAUGCGUGCCGUGGUCUGAUGAGGAGUCUAGAGAAUUUAUCAAAAGAAGACUUACGUGUCAAAACCAAAGGGAAGCCAAUGUGCAGGCAGAUUUACAACAAGAAUUGCCUGAAGAUUCAUAUAUUAUAUCAGCAACGACCUGUCCUGUAUUCCUAUCCACCCGCAGCAAUUACCGCAGCAAGGAAACCCAAUGCAGUCCAGGAAAUUUCAACACAGUUUGUUUUUCCAACAUUGAAAAACUCAGGAUUGUUUCUAAUAAAGACCAGAUAGUUCAAUGUAAUUGUCCUAAACAUUGCCCCAGUCCUGUUUACACAAAUUCUAAGACUGAGCUUGAUACAUGCACUCGAUCUCAAAAUAGUUGCAACAAUCCAUUGGUUAUAAUCUCCGUAUAUCCAAAUCAGGAGAAAGUUGACAAAGCAUCAGGCGAAGAUUCUAGAGAUCGUAAAGAAUCUUACGAACAAGAUGACGAAAGUCAUGUAAUUAAGGAACUCCCAGCACCUAAGAACCGGAAAUCAAAAAGAAAUGAUAAAAAAAGAGGCGGGAAAUCAAAGGCAGUAGCGAAUUCAGUCAGUAGCGACGAAAAACCGCGAGCUCGGUCCCCUGUCCGUUCAAAAAGCCCGACAAAUAAAAAAACAAAGAUCAAAGUUGAAGAAAAAAAUACAAGCACGUCGAAAAAAAUGUUUCGUGAAGAGAAAACUACGCAUGAAGUAAAAUCAAAGAAUAUUAAGGUGGGUGUUCUUCUGCAUGUACCGCCAGCAGGCACAUACCAGAAAAGACAAGCUGAGCGAUCGACUCCUCUCGUUGAGAAGAGCACCAACACAGAGGGCGAUCCGCAUUGUCUGUGCGUGGUUGAUCCAGGCGACAACAAGUCGCCCACGCAUAAGAAAACCAACGCUGCCAUGAACUGGGUCAGCGCUAAAAACAAGGCGUCAGGAGUUUCCAUUAGCAUUGACGAUAAAAGGGAGACUUAUGACGUAACGUUCCGACAAGCACCACUAGUGAAGCACUAUCAGGGAGACAGUUGUAACGUCACCAAUCCAAUGGAGAGAGACAAACAGAUACAGGAGUUGCUGGGAAUCGACACCAGGCUUGCACCGUCCAGGUUCAUCGAGAGAACCACACAAAAGGCAGAAGUGGAUCUUUCUCCGAAUAUUUUCUGGAGCACUGACGUCCAAACAGACAUAGAAAGUACCAUCUGCAGCGUUUACAAAUUGGAUAAAAUAAAUUGCGCAUGUUUCCACGACAACAAAAUCAAAGCAAUAAAGGAAGAAUCAUCAAGUGAAUCCAAAUCAUCAGAAAAAGAAGCACCAAAGGGGAAAGGAAACGAGAGGCCAAAGGAGAAAGAAAAAGUAAGGAUACUAAGAGAAACUUCAACUCAUGUAAAAGAAGCUAGAGAAAAUAGAAACCAUUUAAAAGAUCCUAGAGAAUGUUUACAUAAUUUAAAACAGCCUAGAGAGUAUAGAGACCAUGUAAGAGAGCCUACACAUCAUUACAAUGAGCCUAGAGAGUAUAGAGACCAUGUAAGAGAGCCUACUCAUCAUUACAAUGAGCCUAGAGAGUAUAGAGACCAUGUAAGAGAGCCUACACAUCAUUACAAUGAGCCUAGAGAGUAUAGAGACCAUGUAAGAGAGCCUACUCAUCAUUACAAUGAGCCUAGAGAAUAUAGAGAUCAUUUAAGAGAACCUCCACAUUAUUUCAAUGAUCCUAGAGAAAGACAAAGAGACCAGUUAAGAGGACCUACAGGAUAUAGAUCCCAUUUAAGGGAAGCACCCAUAGCACAACCAGCAAAAUGUAAAAGAGUUCAGUGCUCUUAUCAUCCCGUCCCUACCUAUACCCUAGAACCCGAACCUGAUCCUGAGCCUCCGCAGUGCUGUCAGCCCCCACCCCCUCCUUGUCAAGAGCCCCCGGACUGCUGUUGCGAGGAUACUGCGUCACCUAUCCCUCCUUUGUAUCAACAGCUCAUUUUAAACCGCAAUAUAAAUAUAUUCUUGCAGAUAGACCAAUUUACGAAGCAAAAACCUAUCAUACUUUCACGCAAGCAGUACGAUAAAGUGAAAAGAACAAUAGAAAAUGCGACUAAUAAAAAACCUAAUUGUAUAUGUAAGAACUCCUGUCUUUCCAUUGGUGAGACCAGAAGGAAAUGCACUGAGACAUGUGGGUAUGUGUCCGAAUUAAACCAUAAAAACAAUCAAGUAUACCCUAACUCGUGUUGUGUAGGCAUUCAAAGCUCAUACGUUGAACCAAAAUUAUUAGGUGGUAUUCGUAAAUCGGUUCAAUUCGAAUAUGUCAACGAUGAUGAUGGAGAGCCAGUGUUCCUGAGGGAGUCGAGCUGUGUACAAAAUAAUGUGAUAGACAGAACGCUUGUCUCUAUAGCGCAAGAAAAGCACAGUGUCAAUGUAGAUGAAGAAAAUGACAAUGAUGAACCAAAACCUUUUAGAGUUGAUGCAAUGCACAAAUUACGCAGUGUAUCGGAAAUCCGUAUGGGCCAAGGUGACACACAAUGCUGCAUAGAUAAUAAAGUAAAUAAGCAACAAUAUGUAAGAGAGAAACACCCUCCACCGAAACCAUCAAAAGCAGGAUGUCCGGGUAAAUCAAAAAUAGGGUCGUUAUUGGGAAAGUUGAAAAACGUGGCAAAUGAUACGUGCAAUCAAGACGAUUUCCCUCAACCAGAUGACGAUGACUGUGUGAAAUGUGGGACGUUGAUAAGACUUCACAGUUGCAAGGUCUGCGGGAGGAAAACGCAAAAAUGUUUCAAAAAUGAAUGUUACUUUUGCGAAUUGAAUAAAAAGCGUAGUCGUGACCUUUCCGUGCAUAAUCUCUUCGAAAGAGGAGCGGCUAGAUUUGCCGCUUCGUCGACGGAGGUGCGGUAUACCAGCGUGACUUAUUUGAAACAUGUCACAUUUUCUUCUACAAAUGUACCUGUAAACCCGAACAAUGAACGCAAAUCAUCAGUCGUUAACCUUUUAGAAAAGAAUUAUCAAUCCGAUUCUCUUCAUACUCUUUUUAAAGGUCAUAAAAGAACUCCAACACCAAACCUGGGCACAUCGGUUUAUUCGAUAUACUCUGAAUAUUCAGACAGGACGUCUAAAUCGAAGCUGAACAUCCAAGAGCCGAGGCCUCGGAAGCCGUUCCUGCGGCGGCUGAUGUCCUGCCUGGUGAUGAGGUCCAAGACCUCGCAAGUGAAGGUCGGCAAGCGGCCGCCUAAAAUACCCAGCUUCAACAAUUCUAUCGAUUCGUACCAUAUAAACACGUCGCUUGGGGCAAUCGAACUAUCUUCAUCGAUAUACGACACAUCAGCUUCGUUUUACAGCAGUCAUUCAAUACAACCGCUUAGUAGCAAACUGAAGAGGAGCUUUCUCAGCUCAGUUCGUGGGUUUCUGAGCUAUAGGAGGAACUGAACUGACCGUUGAGGCAAAGUUGAGAUACGCGCAUGGACGUAAUCUUGGUAUUGCUAUUAUAAAACCUUCAGGAGAGUCGCAAGUCACGUCACGGGUGACAAAGACCAACGCAUCUACCAUGCCAAUCUUCGUACCAAAUAAAUUCGCUGAUAUUUUGAAGGGCUUUGACAGGAAUACCUGGAAAUAAUUGUACCGCCAUUCACUAAUUAUUAGCGUAAUUUUGACCUUUGUUACGUGGGUAUUGUGUUGUUUUGUAAAACAUUUUUUUUAUAAUGCGAUCGUAUUUUAUAUUUGUGAUGUCUAUGUGGAUUUUGUGCGUCAU